GAAACGGGCCAGUUAUGUGUAGCGAGUCGGCAUACUAUAAGCUUCUCCUCCUCCUCCUCCUCCUCCUCCUCCUCCUCCUCCGCUCAUCUCACAGCUGAGCCUACUUUUGCUUGUCCUCAUCAGGAUCUCCUACCUCUCGUCUCCAGGAAUCAAGUCGCAGAAGAUCCUCACAGGUACCAGACUUUGAUUUCUUCAAAACCUCAUCAGGAUAUCCUGUCUCUUGUCCCCGGGAAGCUGGUCUCAAAAGCCUGUCCUAUGUGUCCGACUUUGAUUUCAAAAUACGCUUUGUCUGAAGACAUGAAUCAGGCUGUUUUCUGGGUGGUUCGAAAUCUGGGAAGCUGUGAAUGGCUGGCAGACCGUCCUUGGCUUGACCAGUGUCGUCUCACCGGAGCAUGGUUUUCGCAUAAUGAAAAGUACUGGUAUCGGUCGCAGAACUUGCGGAAGAUGACGCAAGGUGUUCACGGUCAGUGGAAAAGGGAUUACUGCCUGGAACAGAAAAGAAGGUUGCUUCAACAUCAACGCGAAGCCUCACGAACUGCAGAUGAGGUAAUCCAGGUAGCUGGUACCAUCCCGGUGCUGCUUCUUGCAGCGUCGUCUUGA